AUGAUGCCGCCUGGUGCGUUCCCUCCGGGCCCUCCUAUGCCUUCGCAUCCUGGAACUAGCCAAUCACCGCCGCAACAAAGACCGACGUCGGAGUCACAACGACAGGCCAGGCCGAAGCGGCUGAAGGCUCACACGGUGACGAGUAAGAGUUAUAGCAUCCCAAUGGUGCCGCGGGACAAGAGCGGUCGGCCAAUGCUACCCUUGAAUGUGGGUAUUAUGACGGUUAUAUCUCUUGGGGAGGUCUGUAUGAGGGAGCAUUUUCAUACAGAGAGGUAUAUCUUCCCUGUCGGGUAUGAAGUCACACGACGGUACCUUUCAACCAUCGACCCCAACAUCGAAGUUGUAUAUCACUGUACAAUUCUUGACGGCGGCGAUGGACCCAAGUUUCAGAUCGUCCCCUCAGAUGUUGCCGAUAAACCUGUCAUUGCAGGGACGGCGACUGGGGCUUGGUCGAGCAUCGUGAAACAGGCGAAUGCAAUCCGAAAUCGGCAGCAUUCUAAUUCUGUGUCUGGACCGGAUUUCUUCGGGUUGGGGCAGAAUACCAUCAAGCACCUUAUCCAACAGCUGCCUAAUGCAGACAAGUUGAGGGACUACGUAUGGCAGAAUUUCGUGGAGGGAGGGCCGUUGGGAGGCAGACACGCGGCGGUAAUACCAGCUCUACCGGAAGAGUAUGAUUCGUCAGUGCCUAUAGGACCGUAUUAUCCAUCUACGAGCGAGAAACUCCGACGAGAGCAGCUGGCAGUACAAGCUGGACAACCUCGGAAGAGCCAUUAUCCGCCUCAUGUCAUGGCGCGCGCGGCACAGGAGGCUCAAAAUAAUGCCCGACAGCAGCAGGCUCAGCAGCAGCACCCUCCACAACCAAUGCCGCAGCCACAACCGAUGCCGCAACAACCACAGUCGACAUCUCAACCACAGCCACAGCCACAGCCACCACCCCUUCACCCACAGCAAUUAGGGAUAUCAGAGAGCGCUGCCGAUGCUGCGACAUUCGCAAGCCUCAUCAGCGCUUAUGGAGCUGCGCAGGCGGGAGGUGCGGCCCCCGCAGGUAUGAUGGCGGGUGGGCCGCCACCAAGUGGACCACCACCUUCAUAG